CCACUCCCUCUCCCCAAGCUCCUCCCUCUCCCUCGGCCGAGGCGGGUGGCGCAGCCGGGGCCAGGGCGGCGUGGGUGGCCAGGGUCGGGGCCAGGGAGGAUGAUAGGUGGUUAUGAGGAUGAUACCUGCAGAUAAUACUUUUAAUCUCAAUUCUUACAGAAGAAUUGCACUAUGAACUACGCUUUCAUUUAUACCACACCGCUCAGCUAUAAAAAAUGGUGCAAAUCGACCAAAAUAAAUGAAUAAAUCACAUGGUUUAGACUGGUGGCAUAUGUAUGUUUGAUGAGUUUUGAAUCCCAACAGACCUCUGUUUGCUUAUCCAACCGGAGGAAAAACCUUUACUUACUAAAUCAGCUUUGCAUGCCAGGCUGCAAUUGUUAGAGCAGAAUUAGGUAAUUUGUGAACAUAAUUGAAUCAAAGUUUUGUCUCUGACAAGUAAUAGAAAAUGGUAAUGCUCCAUAGCAAGAACACGUUCCUACACUAGUUUAAAAAAUUCCCUGAAAUUGGGAACAAUGGUCAAGUCCAAACCAUACUUGCAACUUGGAGGACCGCUGGCCGAUGUAAGUCAAAGUCAAAAACAGAAGGAGACAGCGACGUCUCACCAGAUCACGAAUCAGAUGCGAUGCAUGUGCAUGUUCAGCAAGACAUUGAAAAGCAAGCUCUUCAAUACGCUCCAGCCCAGCUCCACCAUGGCUUUGGCAAUGCGCGUCAUGAGCUUGCUUCCUGCCACCAUCGCCGUGAUGAUCGCAGUGGCCUCUUGGGGAGCGCACGGCGGUGCCAGCGACGAGGCCAGCGCGCUGCUUGCUUUCAAGGCUCAGCUCGCCGGCAGCGGUUCCGGCAUGCUUGCAUCCUGGAAUGGCACCGCUGGCGUCUGCGGCUGGGAGGGCGUGGCGUGCACCGGCGGCCAGGUAGUGGCACUGAGCCUGCCCUCCUAUGGGCUCGCCGGAGCCCUCUCCCCGGCCAUUGGGAACCUCACUUUCCUGCGGACCCUGAACCUGAGUUCCAACUGGUUCCAGGGGGAGGUCCCAGCAAGCAUCGGCCGCCUAGCGAGUCUGCAGACGCUUGAUCUGAGCUACAAUACGUUCUCUGGUACGCUUCCUUCCAACCUCAGUGCCUGUGUCAGCUUACUGCUGUUGAGGCUCAGUAGUAACCGGUUCCAUGGGCGUAUCCCUGUUGAGCUUGGAGACAAGCUAACAAGUCUUCAGAUGUUGUCACUGCGCAACAACAGCUUGACGGGUGCCAUACCAGGAUCACUAGGUAACCUGUCAUCCCUGAUCUACCUUCAUCUGACAGAAAACCACCUCGAGGGUCCGAUCCCACAUGAACUUGGCAGCAUGGGCGGCCUGCAGGUCCUUUUCCUCUAUGAGAACAGACUCUCCGGUGUGCUUCCACACUCCCUGUACAAUCUGUCCUCACUGAAAAGCUUGUGGGUAGGAUACAACAUGCUGUCUGGAACCAUCCCUGCUGAUAUCGGCGAUAGGUUCCCCGGUAUGGAAGCUCUUGACUUUUCUAGCAACCGAUUCAGUGGAGCUAUCCCACCUUCGCUCGCCAACCUCUCUGCUCUCACAAAACUAGUCCUUCAAGGAAAUGAUUUUAUUGGAUAUGUGCCUUCUGCUUUGGGGAAGUUAAGUCUUACUGCCCUUUACUUGGGUGACAACAGGCUAGAAGCAAACGACAGUCAAGGGUGGGAAUUCAUAGCUUCACUGGCAAACAGCUCCCAGCUUCAGCUUCUUGUUCUCGGCAACAACUCUUUCAGCGGGCAACUGCCUAAUUCAGUCACAAACCUGUCAUCAACUCUGCAAGGUCUUUAUUUGGGACCCAAUAUGAUUUCUGGGAAUAUUCCAAUAAACAUCGGAAAUUUGGUUGGUCUUACAGUACUUGAGAUGGCAAAUACUUUUGUAUCUGGACAGAUUCCAGAGAGCAUUGGUCAGCUAAGAAACUUGGUUCAGCUAGCCCUUUACAACACUAGCUUGUCAGGCCUCAUACCUUCAUCACUAGGAAAUCUUACACAGUUGAAUAGCCUUUUAGCAUACUAUGGAAACUUAGAGGGGCCAAUUCCAUCAAACUUGGGGAACUUAAAGAAUGUGUUUUCCUUUGAUCUCUCAACAAAUCGACUCAAUGGUUCAAUUCCUAUAGAGGUUUUAAAACUUCCUCGACUUUCCUGGUACUUAGACUUAUCAUAUAAUUCAUUAUCCGGGCCACUUCCAACUGAGGUUGGUACCAUGGUGAAUCUUAACGAACUGAUUCUGUCUGGAAACAAGUUGUCAGGCACCAUACCAGCUAGUGUUGGGAACUGUAUAUCGUUGGUACGGCUGCUGCUCGAUAACAACUUAUUAGAAGGAAGCAUACCGCAAUCUCUGAAGAACUUAAAAGGUCUUGAAUUACUGAACCUAACAAUGAAUAAGCUAUCUGGUAGUAUUCCUGAUGCCCUUGCUAGCAUUGGCAACCUGCAACAACUGUAUCUUGCACACAACAACUUGUCAGGUUCCAUCCCCAAAGUUCUACAGAAUUUGACAUUGUUGGCAAAACUGGAUUUGUCCUUCAAUGAUCUGCAAGGCGAAGUGCCAAAAGGGGGUCCUUUUGCAAAUGCAACUCGCUUGUCACUUGAUGGAAAUGAUGAGCUUUGUGGCGGAAACCCUCAACUUCAUUUAGCUCCGUGCUCCACAGCUGCUGCGAGGAAGAACAGAAGGCGAAUGUCAAGAUCACUUAUGGUCACCGUUGCGUCAAUCUGCGCAUUUCUAUUCUUAGGUUUAAUAGUUUGUCUUAUCCAUUUGAUCCACAAGAGGCUCAGACAAGGAAAGGAAAAUCAACUCAUUCCCACAGCAAUUGAUGAACAGCACCAAAGGGUUUCAUAUCAAGCAUUAGCAAAUGGGACUGACCAUUUUUCGGAGGUUAAUCUGCUCGGACAAGGAAGCUAUGGUGCAGUUUAUAAGUGCACUUUACAUGACAAGGGAAUUACCGCAGCUGUAAAGGUAUUCAACGUACGGCAAUCUAGGUCUACUAGAAGUUUUGUGGCUGAAUGUGAGGCACUGCGAAGGGUGCGCCACCGAUGUCUCAUAAAGAUCAUCACCUGUUGCUUAAGCAUUGAUCACCAAGGCCAAGAAUUCAAGGCACUGGUUUUUGAGUUCAUGCCCAAUGGUAACCUAAAUGAUUGGCUGCAUCCAGCAUCCAAGAUACAGAGUCUGAGCAAUACGCUCAGCUUAGCUCAGAGACUGAACAUUGCGGUAGAUAUCAUGGAUGCUCUGGAUUAUCUUCACAAUCAGUGUCAACCGCCUAUUAUCCAUUGUGAUCUCAAACCAAGUAACAUCCUCCUUGCCGAAGAUAUGAGUGCUCGGGUUGGAGAUUUCGGCAUAUCAAAAAUCCUUCCUGAAGACACUAGCAAAACUCUGCUGAAUUCAGUUAGCUUCACUGGACUAAGAGGUUCCAUCGGAUAUGUCGCUCCAGAGUACGGCGAGGGUCGCGCUGUCUCAACUCUUGGAGAUGUUUACAGCCUCGGCAUACUGUUGCUUGAGAUGUUCACCGGGAUGAGCCCUACUGACGACAUGUUCAAAGGCUCCUUGGACCUUCAUAAGUUCGCCGAGGCCGCUCUCCCCGACAGAGCCUUGGAGGUAGCCGACCCGGCAAUCUGGUUUCAUGAAGAAGCAAAGGGGGAAAACCCUGCCACGGUGAGAAGCAGAAGCGAGAGGUGCUUGGCUUCAGUGAUCGGGCUUGGCGUGUCCUGCUCAAAGCAGCUGCCAAGGGAGCGGACGGCGAUGCGGGAUGCUGCCGCUGAGAUGCGUGCGAUCAGAGAUGCCUUCCUGGUUCAAUGUGCAACAGAGACUUGGCCUGCAGUCGGCACCACCGGCCUUGGAAGCGCAGACAGUUGAAUGGUGGACGGAGCUACGGUCUCUUGACGCACCAAGGAGCACUGGACUAGCAACUCUGCAACUAAACAGAGUGGAGAAAGAGCCCCUUAAUGAACAGAAAAACAGCCGGUGCAAGGCUUUAUACAAAGAAUGUGACAGCCACUGCGUGUAUCCGAGAGCCUUAUCUAAUCUACCAAGGAUUGUCCAUGUACUCCCUCCGUCCCAAAAUAAACACACAUGUCACUUGUCGAGGAGUCAAACUUUCUAAGUUUGACUAAAAUAAUGUACUACUAUUUAUAAUGUAUAAUAAGUAUCAUUAGAUUGAGUAUUGAGUA